AUGCCGCACUGCGCCCUCCGACAGUCACCCAUCGUGGGAGACUGGCUGACUGCCGGACUGGAAGCAACGCGGGGCGACUGCCGGCUGGGUGUCUCAGCGACCGCUGCUCUGCGAGCGCAAAGCUAUGCCGUGGAAAAUCACAGGUCAGGCGAUCGAGGAAGCUAUGCGAGCCAUGUCGCAGCCACAGCCCAUGAACGCCGGCGUAUGUUGCAGUGCGCCGGUGAUAGGCAGGAGCUGCUGGCUCUGUCCAGCAGCCUCCUGGAGGACAGGCGGGACCUCAAUCAAGAGGUUACCCGCCUGACGGAGGCACUGAAGGGUGCCCAGCAGGGCUACCUCAGGCUGAGUCGCGAAAACUCAGACGUCCUGGGGGAGCUCCUGCAGGUCCUGGGCGCCCUACAGACGCUCCGGCAGGAACGCGCGGCUCUACACCAGGAGAACGCGUUCCUGCACCAGAAGCAGGAGACUCUGCGCCAGGAGCACGAGGCCCUGCACCAGGAGCACGCGGCCCUGCUUCACAAGCAUGCGGCCCUGCUCCAGGAGCAGAAGGCCCUGCAGGUGGCGCAUGAGACCCUGCAAACGGAAUAUGCUGGUCUUGCAAAGGACCAACAGGACCUUGAGGCAGCCCACGGCAGCCUCAAGGAGGGUUACCAGGCUGUGCGGCACGAGCUGCACAGCCUGCAACAGACCCACACGAGCCUGAGGCAGGACCACCUCAGGCUGCAGGACGAACGGAAAAGCCUGCAAGGUGACAUGGCCAAGAUGGCCGGGACUAAGCAGCAGCUUGUCACGGCUGUCGAGGCCAUGAGGAAAGAAUGGCACAGGACAGAAGAGAUGAAGAAACGACAAGUAGAGUCUCUUCUGUCCUUGGCAGCUGAAAACAAGGACAGGGCCAUGAAGGAGGCCGAAGAAAAGUACAGAAUGCUAUUGGAAGAAAGGAACUCGAUCAAGGAGGAAUUGUCUCAGGUAAAGAAAGGUUAUGAACAGGUUCACGAAGAGAAGACUGGCCUGCUGAUGGACAUGACCAAGAUGGCCGAGACCAACCAGCAGGUUGUCAAGGCUGUUAAGGCCAUGAAGGAAGAAUGGCACAGGACAGAAGAGAAGAGGAGACGAGUGAGAAAACAGUUUGUUGAGUCUCUUCUGUCCAAAGCUGCCGAAGAAAAGGAGAAGGUGACAAUGGAGGCCGAGGAGAGGUACAGAAUGCUUUUGAACGAAAGGAAUUCGAUGAAGGAAGAACUGUCUCUUCUACAGAAGACUUACAAACACGCUCAAGAAGAGAAGUCUGAAAUUCGCCAGUAUCACGAGCGAGCCGUGUACGUGGCCGCACUAACCAUCGACAGACUGCAGCAAGAGCUGAAGGAAAACUGUGGAGGAAACCCAGGAGACAGAGAAGCGUUCACAGGAUCAAGAAAGCGGCUUCCAGCAGCCUGA